AUGACUUCGUUCCUCCGAAAUGGUCGCAUCUUUGUGCCAACGUCACCCUCAACUAAGGGUGAUAAUGAGUUUGCCGAGUGUAUGACUAUCACCAAUGAUCGCAUCACUUACGUUGGCUCCCUCGAUGAUGCACAAAUUCCAGCUGACGCGAAUGUCAUUGAUUUGGACAACCGCCUUGUGAUCCCUGGCUUCAUUGAUUCCCAUGCACACAUCUUGCUCUACGGUCAUUCUCUACUACGAAAGGUCGAUCUCACUAAAUGCAGAUCCCUCGAAGAAAUUCGUGCAACAAUCAAAGCCUACGCUGUGGCCAAUCCAUCUUUGCCAAACAUAGUUUGCCGAGGAUGGCUUCAAGUGUCUACCGAUGGCAUUGCGCUUGCAAGUAUGCUUGAUGAUCUUGACCCGCGACCGAUCUUUAUCGCCGCCUUUGAUAUGCACUCUAUAUGGUGCAACUCAGCUGCUCUGGAAGCAAUCAAUGCUCAUACCGCCCCUAACCCUCCUGGUGGUUACAUUCACCGUGAUGAGAAUGGAAGAGCUUCGGGUCUUCUAGACGAAUCUGCUGCGGUGUUCGUGGCCUGGCCUUAUCUAGAGAGCUUCAACUCCAAGGAAGAUAAUCUUGCUGCACUAGACAUAGCAGUUCAAAGCUACACUGCUGCUGGCUACACCGGUGUUGUGGAUAUGGGUAUGGACGAAAGAACUUGGGAGCUUUUGAAGGAGUAUCGCCGUGAUAAGCACAUUCCGUUCCAUAUUGCGGCUCAUUGGGUCGUCCCAUAUACCGAAGAUCAGGAGGUCAAUUUCACCUUCGUUGACCGGGCAAUCGAACUGAAACGGGAGUUCAAGGAACCAGAUUUCUGUAUCGUUGGAAUCAAGCUCAUCUGUGACGGUGUCAUCGAUGGAUGCACUGCCGCCCUGCUUCAACCAUACACUGGAAAGUCCGAUCCAGUUGAGCCUAUUUGGCCUGAACAGCAGCUUCGUGAAGUUAUGCAGCGAGCUGAUUCAGCCGGUCUGCAGUGCGCGAUUCAUGCUAUCGGUGAUCGCGCCGUUCACCAAGUAAUCGAUGUUCUCUCACAAGUGGGAACACCCGGCCGGAGACAUAGAAUCGAGCAUCUAGAAAUGACGACAUCAGAGGACGCAAAGAGGCUUGGUGAACUAGGAAUCACAGCCUCUAUCCAACCUGUUCAUUCCGACCCAGUACUUUUCAAAUCCUGGCCCAGUCGUGUCGGGCACGAUCGAUGCAAGCGCGGCUUUGCCUACAAAGAAUUCAUGGAUGGGGGUGCCCCUCUGGCAAUUGGAACUGACGCGCCAACUGCACCCCAUUUGCCAUUCCCCAACCUCUAUAAUGCGACAACCAGGCGAUCUGCACUCGAGCCUGAGAGUACUGAAACUGUCAACGCUCACUUCGGUAUCACGCUGGCUGAAGCUGCAACUGCUGCAACUACUGGAGCAGCAUAUGCACGCUUUGCAGACUCAUGGACUGGCAGUUUGCAACAGGGUCUGUCUGCCGAUUUUGUGGUGGUUGAUAUGCAUUGGACACCAGAGAAGCUUCUGGAGGCAAAGGUCUGCCAGACUUGGUAUCGUGGAAAGAAAGUAUACGACUCAACUGAGGCUGCAAGGUAG